GUCGUCUGCUACUACACGAAUUGGUCUCAAUACCGCACCAAGAUCGGGAAGUUCAUGCCCGAAGACAUUCAGCCAGAUCUCUGCACACACAUCAUCUUCGCCUUCGGAUGGAUGAAGAAGGGAAAACUAAGUUCCUUCGAAUCGAACGAUGAGACUAAAGAUGGAAAAACUGGAUUAUAUGACAAAAUCAAUGGUCUUAAAAAAGCUAACCCAAAACUGAAGACUCUUUUGGCUAUCGGUGGUUGGUCAUUCGGAACGCAGAAGUUCAAGGAGAUGGCAGCUACGCGUUACUCGAGGCAGACGUUCAUCUAUUCAGCGAUCCCCUACCUAAGAGACCGCAACUUUGAUGGUCUUGACAUCGACUGGGAGUACCCUAAGGGAGGAGAUGAUAAGAAAAACUACGUUCUGCUACUGAAAGAACUUCGUGAAGCGUUCGAAGCAGAAGCACAAGAAGUGAAGAAACCUCGUCUUCUCCUUACCGCUGCGGUGCCCGUUGGUCCCGACAACAUCAAGAGUGGUUACGAUGUACCAGCUGUCGCUAGCUAUCUGGACUUUAUCAACGUCAUGGCUUACGAUUUCCACGGCAAAUGGGAAAGAGAGACCGGCCAUAACGCUCCCCUAUACGCGCCUUCUACUGACUCUGAGUGGAGAAAACAACUGUCUGUCGACCACGCAGCGCAUUUGUGGGUGAAACUUGGAGCACCUAAAGAAAAACUCAUUAUUGGUAUGCCAACCUACGGACGAACGUUCACUUUGUCCAACGUGAACAAUUUUAAAGUAAAUUCCCCGGCGAGCGGGGGCGGCAAGGCCGGGGAGUAUACAAAGGAGAGCGGCUUCCUCGCGUAUUACGAGGUGUGCGAAAUGUUACGUAACGGUGGAACGUAUGUGUGGGAUGAUGAGAUGAAAGUGCCGUACGCGAUCAGUGGCGACCAGUGGGUCGGUUUCGAUGAUGAGAAGUCCAUCAGGAACAAGAUGAGAUGGAUCAAGGACAAUGGUUUCGGCGGUGCCAUGGUGUGGACUGUUGACAUGGACGACUUCUCCGGCAGCGUUUGUGGGGGGGAUGUGAAGUAUCCUCUUAUUGGAGCGAUGAGGGAAGAACUCCGUGGUAUAUCUCGUGGUAAGAACGCGAAGGACGUAGACUGGGCGGAAGUAGCUGGAACAGUUGUCAUCGAAGUGACAGAGAAACCUCAACCGAUCAAGAUCAGCCUCUCUGACGUUCUCAGCAAGAUCAAGAAACCGACUAAGACGAUUGUUAUCAAAAACAACAAUGCUUUGACCGUGGAUAAGAACAAGCGUGAACCUCAGAUUCUUUGCUACCUCACGUCCUGGUCUUCAAAGCGGCCGAGCGCUGGACGCUUCAUGCCAGACAACGUUGACCCAUCACUCUGCACGCACGUCAUAUACGCCUUCGCCACACUCAAGGACCACAAGCUAGCUGAAGGAAAUGAGAAGGAUGGAGACAUGUACGAAAAAGUCGUCGCUCUGAGAGAGAAGAACCCGAAUUUGAAGAUUCUCUUAGCUAUCGGUGGUUGGGCGUUCGGUUCGACUCCCUUCAAAGAGCUGACGUCAAACGUGUUCCGUAUGAACCAGUUUGUGUACGAAGCGAUAGAAUUCCUGAGGGACUACCAGUUCAACGGUUUAGACAUCGAUUGGGAAUACCCAAGAGGAGCAGAUGACCGUGCCGCUUUUGUGUCUCUCCUCAAAGAACUGCGUCUCGCAUUCGAGGGUGAAGCGAAGACCUCCGGCCAGCCACGUCUCCUGCUCUCCGCAGCUGUACCAGCUUCCUUCGAAGCCAUCGCCGCUGGAUACGACGUGCCUGAAAUAUCUAAAUACUUGGAUUACAUCAAUGUCAUGACAUACGACUUCCACGGUCAAUGGGAGCGUCAGGUCGGACACAACAGUCCUCUGUUCCCGCUCGAGAGCGCCACCAGCUAUCAGAAGAAACUCACUGUGGACUACUCAGCUCGAGAAUGGGUGCGACAAGGUGCUCCUAAAGAAAAGUUGAUGAUUGGUAUGCCAACAUAUGGUCGCUCGUUCACUCUGAUCAACGAAACUCAGUUCGACAUCGGUGCCCCGGCUUCUGGUGGUGGUCAAGCCGGACGUUACACAAACGAAGCUGGUUUCAUGUCCUACUACGAAAUCUGCGACUUCUUGAGAGAAGAUAACACAACACUCGUAUGGGACAAUGAACAGAUGGUGCCCUUCGCGUACAGAGAAAAUCAAUGGGUCGGAUUCGAUGAUGAGAGAUCGCUGAAAACUAAGAUGACCUGGCUCAAAGAAGAAGGUUUUGGAGGUAUCAUGGUCUGGUCGAUAGACAUGGAUGACUUCCGAGGCUCAUGUGGAACCGGAAAAUAUCCGCUCAUCACCGCCAUGAAACAGGAGCUCGGAGAUUACAAGGUGAAACUGGAGUACGAUGGACCUUAUGAGUCUUACAACCCCAAUGGACAAUACACAACUAAGAAUCCUAAUGAAGUAACAUGCGAAGAAGAAGACGGUCAUAUAUCCUACCAUCCAGACAAAGCCGACUGCACAAUGUACUAUAUGUGCGAAGGUGAACGUAAACACCACAUGCCAUGUCCUCAGAACCUGGUCUUCAACCCCAACGAGAACGUAUGCGAUUGGCCAGAAAACGUAGAAGGUUGUGCACACCACACCCAAGCACCUGCUAGAAGAUAAGAACUUCUGGAAUAUUCUAGAAGAUUAGUCUAGUACUAUCCCUCUUCGUUUUUGAAUUAAAUUCUGUAAUUUUAACAGGCUUAGGUUGUGCCAAAUGGAAAUUGUGAAAGAUUGGAUAAUUGUUAAGAGUUUACCCGAAAUUUGUGGAGUAAAAUUAAGUAUAUUGAUGGAAAAGUUUAGUUGACUCAAUUUGUCAUUUUCGUAAUUUUGGUAAUUAAAUUUGUUUUAUGAAAGAAAUUUAAAUUAUUAAAUUGUUUUGAUAACAAUUCCAUUCAUAUUGGCUUUUAUUAUCUAUAGUAUUUUCUUGAUAUACUAAAUCUCGAUUUUCAGGCCAUUUAAAUAAUAAAACCAGUUACGAAUUGAUAAUAAAUCAGAAUUGCGACAAGGAAUGUCGUUAUUUGUCGCAAUCUAAGCCGACCAGUUUUAAAUCAAAUCGUCCAUUAAUUUUAAUAUUUCUAACGCCUAAUCCACCUGUAGUCUAAAUCAACCCACGUCGAAAUAUUUAUUAGUUUGACGAUGGCAAUAUCAAACAGAUCGGAUGAAAGGGUUCGUGUGAUAUAAUGUAAAUUAUAACAUUAUUGGUGAAAAUUAUUUUAUAGAAAUUAUUUUAAGCCGUCAUGAUAAUUGGGCAAAUUUUAUUUAAAAAGGUUCUUUUUCUUCAUAUUUAAAACGAUUAUUUGAUUAGUGCACGUGGUUCACUUUCUCAAGCUAAUAAGUCUUUAUGAACAAGUUUAUUUCUAACAAGAAAUACAAAAAAAAACAGAAUCUCUAGUUUUUUAUUGAAAUUUAUAGGUGCAAAUAGGUUUGCGCAAGUAUAUUAAACAAUAAUUGUAUAAUAAAUCAAUUCAACGAAGAGCUUUAAUUGAUUUUUACAGAGACGUUUUUCAAUUGGUUAGUUGGUUAUUAGUUAUUUGUCUGAUUAUCAUGAUUAGCUAGUGAUAGUUAACUCCCAAAGGUACAUAAUUCGGAGAGACUUAAUAAUUAGAUACGGAAGAAUUUUUAGGUUCUCGUUCUAAUGUAGAAUAGUAGAUUUUCAGAGAAAUUUAUCAUUCUUCUCUAACGUUUUAAACAUUUUAAACAUCUGGUAUAAGAACACGAUAAUUUGUAUUUUCAUUUUUGUUAUCAGUUUAAUCAGUAACAUUAUCAAAUUGUGUACCUUUGUGAUUAUAUUUAUUAGCGCUAAAUUUAGUAUACUCAAGCUUAUCAUCUAUUAAAUCAGCAAAAUCACUGCCUUUAACUGUCUCUAUUUCAUCAUUAGUUACGGAAAUUGUUCGACAGUUACAAAAUAUCAUGACAUCGUCAUAUAGUUGAGGUUUAUAUUUUAUCGUAAGUAGAAAAAUAAUUAUAAGUUUUUGUAAAUAUUGUAUCUAAAUACAAAACAGAUGUAAGAGUAUUAUUAAAAUUCUUUUAUAAAA